UGCUUACACCAAACCCUAUAAACAGCCAAAAAAUUCCGAAAUCUUCAAAUUCUGCUUCAGCGCUACAAAAGCUUAAGGCCAAAGCUACCGGUACUUCGGUGAAACGCAGUAAAAAGUCUACAAAAUCAACGAAACAACAACAACAGCAGCAACUACUACAGCAACAACAGCAAUCAACAUUAGCAUUAGCCACAGCUUCAACAUCGAACGCAACAGCAUUUCAACAAAGUGGUGGCUCCUUUCAAGGAGUCAUCGGUGGCAGUGGUGUGGGUGUUGGUACAGAAUAUCUUUCACAAGGUCACAGUUAUAGUUAUCAACAACGCAGUGGCGCCUUUAAAAGCGACACUGGUUUUAGUGGUGGGGGUGGUGCAGGAGCAGCUGGUGGUGCUACGACCACCAGUGACGAUAUUCCUACAACUUUUUCUAAAACAACCUUUUCACCAAAUUCAUUACAAAAGUCUUCAUCAUCCUCAUCGUCAUUUCAUCAUUCGUCGUCAUCAUCAUAUCAGCAGCAGCAACAACAACAGCAACAACAUCAAUACCAUCAACAACAACAGCAGCAAUAUAAUCAAAUUAAUAAUCAUAACCACAAUAGUAAUCCUCCUUCACAUACCAAUAGUGCCAACAUUAACAAUUUUACAAACUUCUCAUCUUCCUCUCAACCAGCGAUGAUGAUGAAACAAAAGACAUCAUUGGGCGAACGUAUUGGCGAUGAGGUGCGUGAGCUAAAAUUGGGAUGUACAUUUAAUAAUAAAAAUACAACGAAUGCAUUUCAUACGAUUAAAUGUAAGUUUAGUUCCGGUGUGCCUCAUACCAUUUUUAAAGGAAAUCAAAAGAAAUACACAAAAGAAUGUAUACUCAUAUUCGACAAAAGGACUGGUGAUAUUACAUUAGAGAAAUUAAAUCACAAUAUACAAGUAAAGAGGACGCGUGAAAUGACAAACAAACCUAGUGUACCUACACCUGUAGCAAUGCCGCCGGUAGCAGCAUCCUCAAAUGCAUUAGCACCCUCAGCAGCUGUCUCAACAGGACCAGCACCAAAAUUAGAAAACAGUACAAUGAGAAUAACUUCCAAAACAAAAGUUUCCACUGGUAAUAGAAGGAAUACAAUAAUUGAAUUAAAAGCUCGCAACUCUCCCAUGCAAGGUUCUCCUUCAGCGGGUGUGGGUCAUCACAACAAUAAGAGCCCCCAGUCGGCUCCAGCAUGGAAUGCUAACAAUGGCCAGGCCACAUUACCUAGUAUACCCAUGAUUGUUGACGAUGAUGAUUCAAUAUUUGGUAUUGGCGGUGGUGGUAGUGGAGGUGGUGCUGGAGCUGGCGGCGGUGGUAGUGGCGGUCUUGCAAAUAUAUCUGCUUCAUCUUCGUCCUCAACAUCCAGUCAUCAUAAUAAUUCAGGACAUGAAUAUGAUUUACCACAGUUACAACAAUAUUCAACAGCACCUCCAACGAAACAAUCAAAACAAUCACAUCACAACAAUAGUAGUAAUCAAAAGCGACACAACAAUCAUCAACGGCAUCAGCAGCAGCAGCAACCUUCAUCCUUACAAACGCAACAACAGCAGGUGCAACAGUGGCAACAGCAAUUGCAACAGCAGCAGCAACAACAGCAACAACAAAAUCAAUAUAAUCGUUAUAAUACUAAUGGCAAUUCCUCGACUUCCUCAUCGUUAUAUAGUAGUAAUCAUAAUAAUAAUCAUCAUAGCAAUAAUAAUAUACGUAAUAGCAAUCAUCAUAGUAACAGCAACAACCACAGCAACAAUAAUUAUCACAAUGAUCUUGCCUCAUCGCCAACACUGGCCAGUGAAGCAGCAGCUCUUGAACAGAACAUUGCUGCCGACUUAAGUUCAUCAACUUCCAGUUCAGAAUCCGAAUCGAGUGGUAGUGAAAGUGGCUCCGAUUCCGAUGACAGCACAGAAGAUGAUAGACCGACAAGAGCUGCUAUUAAUCAAAUGAAUCAACUGCCUAAUUUGGGUAUGGCACCAAUGACGACAUCUUCACCACAGAUGCAAUACCAACAAAAUAAUCAUUUCAAUAAUAAUCAACAGCAUAUUACAGUAGGAGGAGGAGGAGGUGGUGGAAAUUUUGUAACUAAUGGUGGUUUUCCUAAUGAUUUAUUACAAAAUGAUUUACAAUUAUCAUCAAACUCGUCCGAUGAUGAUUCCGAUUAGUUUAAAUAUAAAAAAAUAAAAAAAAAACAAAAGAUUUAUUAAUAAAAAGAACACAACAACCACAAAAUAAAAACAAACAAACACCACUUAAUCUAAUAAAC